CCUGCCCGUCUCGCGCCGCCCGCGGCCGCUCGGACGCGCGCAGAGCCGCCCCCCGCCACCGCCGCCAGCGCCCGAGAACAUGACUUCUGCCUUCAAGCUGGAUUUCCUCCCGGACAUGAUGGUCGAGGGCCGCCUGCUCGUCCCGGACAGAAUUAACGGCACAGCCAACAAGAUGAACGGAGCUUUGGAUCACUCAGACCAACCAGACCCAGAUGCCAUUAAGAUGUUUGUCGGACAGAUCCCCCGGUCGUGGUCGGAAAAGGAGCUGAAAGAACUUUUUGAGCCUUAUGGAGCCGUCUACCAGAUCAACGUCCUCCGGGACCGGAGUCAGAACCCUCCCCAGAGUAAAGGUUGUUGUUUCGUAACAUUUUAUACAAGAAAAGCUGCACUUGAGGCCCAGAAUGCACUGCACAAUAUUAAAACUUUACCUGGGAUGCAUCAUCCCAUUCAGAUGAAACCUGCAGAUAGUGAAAAGUCAAACGCCGUGGAAGACAGAAAACUGUUCAUAGGAAUGGUUUCGAAGAAAUGUAAUGAGAACGAUAUCAGAGUGAUGUUUUCUCCAUUUGGCCAGAUCGAAGAAUGCCGGAUUCUCCGGGGACCCGACGGGCUGAGUCGAGGCUGUGCGUUUGUCACAUUUUCUACAAGGGCAAUGGCACAGAAUGCAAUCAAAGCCAUGCAUCAGUCUCAGACCAUGGAGGGCUGCUCUUCACCGAUCGUGGUGAAGUUUGCUGAUACCCAGAAGGACAAAGAGCAAAGGCGCCUCCAACAGCAGCUGGCACAGCAGAUGCAGCAGCUCAACACUGCCACCUGGGGGAACCUGACAGGGCUGGGCGGACUUACCCCACAGUACCUGGCGCUUCUGCAGCAGGCCACCUCUUCCAGCAACCUGGGUGCAUUCAGUGGCAUUCAGCAAAUGGCUGGCAUGAAUGCUUUACAGCUACAGAAUCUGGCCACGCUGGCUGCCGCAGCAGCCGCAGCCCAGACCUCAGCCACCAGCACCAACGCAAACCCUCUCUCAACCACAAGCAGCGCCCUGGGCGCCCUCACAAGCCCCGUGGCUGCUUCAACCCCCAACUCCACUGCUGGUGCAGCCAUGAAUUCCUUGACCUCUCUUGGGACUCUGCAAGGACUGGCUGGAGCCACUGUUGGACUGAAUAAUAUUAAUGCACUAGCAGGUACCAUAAACAUUGCUCAAAUGCUCUCAGGUAUGGCGGCUCUGAAUGGAGGACUUGGCGCCACAGGCUUGACGAAUGGCACGGCUGGCACCAUGGACGCCCUCACCCAGGCCUACUCAGGAAUCCAGCAGUAUGCGGCAGCCGCGCUGCCCACGCUGUACAGCCAGAGCUUGCUGCAACAGCAGAGCGCUGCAGGCAGCCAGAAGGAAGGUCCAGAGGGGGCAAACCUCUUUAUUUACCACCUUCCACAGGAGUUUGGAGACCAGGACAUUCUGCAGAUGUUCAUGCCUUUUGGAAAUGUUAUCUCUGCUAAAGUCUUCAUUGACAAACAGACCAAUCUGAGCAAGUGCUUUGGUUUUGUUAGCUAUGACAAUCCAGUCUCUGCACAAGCUGCGAUCCAGGCGAUGAAUGGCUUUCAGAUCGGCAUGAAACGCUUGAAGGUGCAGCUGAAGCGCUCCAAAAACGACAGCAAACCUUACUGAUCCCAACCCCAGAGGCUCCCUGCUCUUAUUUUAGCUUUCUUAGGGUAAGUCCCACAAGCCAGCCUGUUCUCAACAGGGAAGGCAGAGGAGGACCACAUUGCCAACUUUUACCAAGAGAGACGUUAUUUUUACAAUAAGGCCUCCAUUUCCCCCGCCCAGCCCCCGACCCAGUCUGCCAUAAUUAAAACUUGGGCUACCUUGUUUAUAUUGAGUCAAUUCCUCCUCCAGUUGUGCCACUGUAUUCUCCUUUGUUUUGCAAUUUGAAUCUCCUUUUACCUUUUUUUUAAAUUUUUUUGUUUUCAUUUUUGCUUUUUUAAAGAAAAACAUAUAUACAAAUAAAUGACAUCUUGAGAAUUUAAAAGGCAAACAAAUGCUGAUGUGCAAUUCUAACUCUGAAACCACUGGUGCCCCGAGAGCACUGCCUGGAGCAUUCACCCCUCCUUGUCCGCGCCCACCCCUGCGGAGGGCCCCCUGCGUUUAGCGAGGUGGCCUAGCAGAGGGAGAAGCAGGAGAAGCACUUAAAACAACACAAACGUCUUUCCACUACAUCGGUUUGUUUUAAUAAGUAGGAUUUUAUUUUAGGGUUCAAAGAAACAUGACAUUUAUCGGUCAGAUUAUUACACUGGUUGUCUAUUUUGUUAUUGUUUUAUUUUUGUUUUUAGAAAGGAUUAAUGUAAAAAAAGAUUUAGAGAUCUGUUUCUUAAAGCUACAGGGUUUAAAAAUAAAAUAAAAAUGAGUGAAAAUACUUGAUGUUUCUUGAAAGAUAAAUUUAAUAAUAAUAAAUAAAUACAUAAAUAAUACAUAAAUAAAAAGAAAGCCACAGGCCUGUAAAUUUUAUUUGUAAAAAAAGCAUUUCUAUUUUUAUACAAAAUUUUUACUGCCUCAGAAAUAAUGGAAGUUAUUUAUUGCCUAUUGUUAACUUAUUGGGUACCUAAAGAGCAGUUCUCUGUCUAGCUAGAACCUUCUGAAGUAGUCUCUAGAGGAAUUGUUCUAGGAAUGGGCUUUUUCACCGUUGAACCCUAGACCUAAAGUUCAUGCUUUAUCCUCUCGUUGUUUGUAUCUGUCUGAUUAUUUUGUUCGUAAUUUCCAUUAUCUAGUUUACAGUUCAGUUGUCUGACUUCCCCAUAUGUUACCUUUGUUGAAACUGGACCCUCUUCCCUUUCCAGUCUCACCCCAAAACACCCAGAAUCCAUCCCCUCUCACUCUCCAGAUGGAUUCUCUUGGGGUUUCAUUGUGCUGUGGAAAAAGAGUGUAAGAAAUGCAAAUUAUGUGAAUGGCUCGUAGACUCCCCGAAGACCUAAGAUUUGCAUUAGUUUUUCUCCUGCACCCUUAAAAGUGAUUUUGUUGCUGCUGCCUAGAUUCUGUGUAACUUUUUACUCUUCCUUGUUUUUUCCCUAGACAUCUUCAUGCCCGUUAGUUCAUCGUUUGCCUAGCAUGUCCCUGUGGCGUCUCAAAAAAAAAGUUUCAUCGUCCCGUCAUUGUUUCUGAUGUCUUUCUGACCUCACAUCAUAUUUGGUUCUCCUACUGACCUUUGAUCUAGUUUGACCUUUGAAAUUUGCAUGUGACCUCAUCUAGCUAUGAAUUCUGGGAAGUCAAUGUGAAAAACAUUGCUGCAUUCAUGCAAGACUGAAAUUAUUAGACAAAUUAAUUAUAGAAAAAAAAACCUGUGGCAAAAAUGUUUCUUUCUUAUUUUUUUUUCUUUCUUUUCAUAAAACAGACUUGAAAGUAUUAUACAGGGAUUGGCAUUCUUCCCGGUCACUGGUAACAAUAGCAAUAUGUGUCCAGGGACACAGAAUGUUGGUUUCUAACAGACUACUUCCAAAAACAGUUUGAGAAAAAAAACUGUCUGAUUUUAAGUCUCUAGAGGUCUGUAAUAGUUUUUACAUUUUUCAGGCAGUGUAAAGUUUUUUGAUAAGGCCAUUUUAGGUGGCUCACUUUCUCAUUAAGAUAUAUAUAUAGAACCACUUUUUGUAGAUUAGUAUAAGAAAAAUAUUUACCCUGUUUUGGGGCAAAUGCUACCUAUUUGUGUCACCUUUUGCUGAACUGACUCACAGUUAGACAAUCCAUGGUUUAAUGCACAUGAAAUUACCUAUAUUUUAUACUGUUUCAAUGUACAGGAGAAAGGUUACUGUAAACUGUGUUAUGUUGGUGCUUCCGUGAAUUAAGUUGUGGUUUCAUCAUGAGUCUUACGGUCUUAAUGUUCUCUGUUGAUAAGACAAGUUUAGAAUUGGUUUACUUAAAACAAAAACAAAAAAAAAAAAAAAAAAGAAUUUCAAAAAAAAAAAGUUGUUUGCUUAAAAAAAUUUUUUUUCAUGUGAGAAAAAAAAAAAAAAACUAUUCCAGAAUAAGUUCUGUGUUGGCUUGUGAAGCAUUGAUGUCAUUUUUUUUUAUUGUGGACUAUUUAGAUGUGUUUGUGUUCAGCAAAAUGUGAUCUGUUUUUUUUUUUCUUUUAAAGAAAAAAAGUGAAAAUAUAUAGUGCCAAAUUCCAAAGGUACUUCCUUCCUAGAGCUUCAGUGUGUUUCUUGUGAGAAGUAAUUUGAUAACAUGGGUAUUUUAUUAUGUGUUUUGUAUAAAUCCCUAAUAUUUAAAAAAAAAGGUUAAAAAGUUUGUUAACUUGCUAUUCUGUGGUCUUGUUGCCUGAAAUUGUUAUUGUUUGUUAUUUCUCUAUGAUGUUUUUUGUAAGACAUUGUAUAAGUGCCCAUGUCUCACUUUUUUAACCCCUCUGCACAUCAAGGCUGUGAAGGCACCCUCACAAUGUAUUUUCUUCAUACUAUAUGGAAACCUCUAAGGUGAGAAAGUUUUGAACUUUUAACCCUUUCUACCCAGAGCUAUCUGGAAUGUUGGUAACUUUUUAUAAAGCUGUCAUCACUUGAGUUUGUUUUGGGGUGUUCCUUUUUCCCACCCGCAUAUAUCCGCUGAGUGGUAAAUUUUUACUACUUUCUUUUCCUUUGAGAGCCAAAAGAAACAAAAUUCCACAAGGCAAAUUUGAAGGGGGAAAAAUACUCGAACACUCUCCAAAUUUUGUCCUAUGACAUUUUUACUUUUGAUUAUUUCUGGUCUUUUUUUCCUUUAAUUCCUAAUGUGCUGCUGGAAUUAGAAUUCCUAAUGUCCUGUGCUCCUUCUUUAGUUUAAAUGAAAAAUGGGGGGAAGUAGGUAGAUUCAGUUCCUAAAUAAACCUUAAAAAUGCCGUAUGCUUUUUGAGAACAGAUUUAGUGGUAUGUUCUAGUCUAGAAUAUUUUCAUAUACUUACAGUCAGUCAACUUUUGUGGUAGGACUGUCUUUUGAGGAAUUUUACUUUUGUUUUAAAUGCUCCUAAAUAACCUUCAGUCAGCUACUGUGCUGGGAAUUCUCUGACUCCAGUGGACGCCUCUGAAAGAGCAAGGUGUCUCAAGGGAGAAGCCCAGAGCCCCCUCAACUGCACUUUUUGCUUUCUGGUUCUUCAAUUGAACACACUGAUUGAACACAAAGGGGACUGGCCACAUAAGUAGAGCUGGGUUCUUGACCAAAUACCUUCCUGCUGCCACUUUUUAAAGUGCCAUAUUACUUUCACUUGGACUUUCUGUGAACAGAUACCUUGCUGUCUUGACAAACCUGAAUGUCGUACCUACAGCCCCAACACAAAGCCCAGCCUUCCUGAAAGCCAGCCCUGGAAGCUUCUGGGUCUCAGCUCCCUUUUCCUACCCGCCCUGUUUGGUUUAAUGUGCGUGUGGACGUGAUAGCCCUGGGAUGGAAAGGACUAGCCUCUAAUGAUGCAAAAAAAUAAAAACAGAAGUUUCCUUCUUACAGCACAUGCACUUCUAACGAAAUGAUUUGUAUUAUCCUCACACGUGUUUACUACUGCCGGGGCCUUCCUGCAGCCUCUGAGGGCUAUUUUGUACUUCCUGCAGCACUCAGCUUAGUAACAGGUUAUUGCACACGUCUCUCAUGUGUCAUGGUGGUGUAGAGAUACGUAGAAACGCAAGACAACACCAUUGGAAUUUCUUAGACCAUUUCAUUCCAAAUCUAUUCCUUUAUCAAUUACAUUAAUCUCAAAGUUUGGUUUUUUGGAUUUUUGGUUUUUUGGGUUUUGUUUAUUGUUUUUUAUUUUUUAUUUCUUUUAAUUUUUUUUAUCGAAGCAACUGCCCUCCUUUCCUCUUAUCCCACCUGCAUCUCCCCCACAGAAAAACUGAGCAGUUGACAGGAGGCUCAGGGUGGGCACUUUGAGCGUUUCUGAUUUUGCAGGCAAUCAAGACAGUAUAUCUAGAGUGAAAGUCCUUUUUUUUGGGGGGUGGGGGGGGUUGGUUUUGCAUGUUUCAUUGUUAAAAAAAAAAUAAUAGUAACCCUCCUCAGAGACAAACUGUCCUUUUUAUCUUUUAAUAUCAAAAGGAAAACAGCUGCGAGGGUGCAAAGGGCCUGUGCCAGGAGACAAAACACGCAGGGAAGUGACUUUUUUUAAAUCAAGUGUAGAGAAUAGUCAUUUUUAAACUAAAUUAGAGAAUUGUGACAAAAUGGCAGUCCUCAAAGGCGUAACGAGUUCAUCUUUCUUUCACCAUAGGGGUUAUAGUUCUUUGGCUUGUGCUACUCUGGAAUCAUUUUACUGUUUGUUUUUAUUAAGUGCUAAUUAAAAAGAAGAAAUAAAAUUUUAAAAAAACCUGUAGUUUCAUUACCUUUUUGAAUAAUGUCAUACAAAAAAUGUAUUUGUGUUUUUUUGUGCUGUGAGAAUUGUUGUUUGUAGAUUAAUAAUAUCAUUUUGUUUAGAAUUACAAAAUAGUUUUUAAAUAUUGUCUGAGAAAAGCCAAAGUUAAUGCAACCUAGUGGAAACUGUAAGACCAUUUGAGUAUUGUUUCUGUUUUAUUGAUGCAUUUGGAUUUUGUUGUUUGAUGGAAUUUGAGCCAAAAAAAAAAAAAUACACAGGCUUUCCUAUUUCUACAACUGAUUGUACUUAUGCAUUUUGUACCAGUGGAACUUUUUAUACUGGAGAUUAAAAAAAAAAUGGAAAUUUUUGUGGCUUACUCUCGUGGGCCCCCUGACAAUGACUGAUUUCAAGUUUGAUUUCUGGUUGAUAGAAAGAAAGUUGCUUUUCUUUUGAGAAUUAAAAACUUUGGCUUGAUUUCUUUUUUCCCUUUGCUUAUAUCUAGCAUUAGAAUUUUGUCUUAAAAUACAGCGGUAAGUUUCACUUUUUAUUCUGUAUUGUGCAGUUACACAAUAAGGUAAUUAGAUUUAGAAGUACUCAGUCACCUUAAGUGGAUAAAUGUAUUAGUUAAACUUUAGGGGUUUGCUUUUUUGCUGUUUAGAUCAAAGUUUUUUCUGAUUCUUCUGUCCUCAUUGUGAACAUAACCGUGUAGUUGAAACAGUCAAACUUAUUUUUGUAAUGUAUGUUACUGUGUGAUGCGGUUUUUGGCUUCUGUCUCCAAUAUUAAACCAUUUUCCUAAUACUUGUUUCUCUCUCUGCGUGUUGUAUUGUUGGUGGUCAUUGUAUGUUGGUGAUGCAUCUACACACCUCACUGUUUCACCUGUUUUUUUUCUAUAUGUUGUGUAAAAGAUACAGUCGAUUCCACCUAAGUGAAUAUCUGAUUUGGGGAAACUGCACACCAGCCACCUUCAUUUAUGUACAAGGGUCCACUCUGACCACUGCUUCCAAGACUGAUACUUUUUUCUAUGGUUCACCUAAAUAACUGCCCUACCAAGCUGGAUUCGCCAAGACAUUUUAUGGUCCUUUGACCAUACAGGUUCAUUUCACCACCUCUUCUGACCUCCUUCCCCUUCUCCCUCCCUCAUGAGUGUAUAUAUUUACAUAAACAUGGAUAUAUAUGCACACUCAUGUGUACAUAUAUAUAAUAUGCAUUUCCUAAUGUUCACUAAAAUCUGCUGCAUUAUCUUAAGAAGAAAAGCAGCAGACUUGGGGUUCUUCUGUCUACCCCCAAGUCCAAAAGCAUAAAAGCAUAUCAUUACGGUCAAGCUCUUCUCAGAAACUGAUCACUUUUUCAAAUGAAGUGAGGUCUCAAGGGAGGAAAAAAUAAACAUAGCUGGUGAACAGAAGAUGUGAAAAGGGUUAAACUCAGUUCUGUGUUGCCAUCAAUCAAUAGAUAUGUAUAGAAAAGUAAUUUAAAUUAUUUAUUCCUACAAGCUAAUUGAAUCCAGGAGCAGCUUUAAUUAUUAAAACUAAUGGAAGAGAAAAGAAAUAUUUCCAAGUGCUCAAAUGGAAGCUCUACUCAGUCUAAAGGGGGAGGUGAAGCUUCUCAUGCUCAAGUCCUCAAUGGCAUGCUGUCCAAGUCCACAGGAAAGCUCGUAAUGCCCCAUGAACCCCACACCCCUUCUGAAUGCACGCACAGCUAGGAGUAGGCUGUGUUCCUGUCACCCAACCCCAGUCAUCACAAAGAGAAGAACUACUCCUCACAUGCCCUCCACAUCUUAGGCCAGAGGCCCUCCUCCCUUUUCUGCCCAGCUCCUAUGCUCAGGAAUCUGACUGCUCUUAAAGUGCUCUUAAAAGAUUCCACGAUGUCUGCUCCCUGUCUUCUCUCCUCCCAACCUUUCAGACGCACAAGCUCUGUCUGCCUCAGGCCCCCAGCACCUGGUGCCAAUGAGAUUUCUCCCCACAGGUGCUCGGGCUCUCCGCCCUCUGGUUUCAGCUGCCCCUCUGGCCCCAAGAUUGUAUUUUUAAGUAGGGUCAACAAGAGGGGCCUAGUGAGGUGGAGGAAAGGCGGCUCUUUCUCCCAUAGGCCAGACACCUCAGUGGUAGUGACUGCCACCAGCUCCAGACCUGCACAGAGGGGAGCUGACUUCCUGCCGACACUUCCGCUUUAAGCCUCAUCACAGCCUUCCAUCAGCUGCCUCUGAAAACCCACUGCUCACUAGUGGGGAAAGACGGCUAAGGGUGUGAUUUCUUUUUCUUUCUUUUCUGAGGGGGUUGGGGGGCGGGGGGCACAAGGGAGGGGAGACUGGGGAAAGAGUGUGAUUAAAUUCCUUACAAGAUGCAAGUGUUUACUUUUAAAAUAAUAUAACCACCAUUUGGCACAAGGCAAAAUACUCAUGCUAAGGGAAGGAAGGGAAGACAAAGCCAGUUUUUGCUGUUUUCCAAAAACAACAAAAACAAUAAUUCUCCAAAGAAGAGGAUGCAAAAGGCUAGUUCCUUAAGCACGGAUGACAGUAAAGUUGGUCCCUGCUUAAAUUCAUACUUAUUUUGAUUUCUAAAACACCACUGCAGCGUGAGCAAGGUGUACCUGCCUGCCAUGCACGGACCACCUUGAAAAUCAAGGACUGCCAACGCUUCCUGGCUGACGGGAAGCCACAUGCCUGCCCGGCCCACAGCAGUUGCAGGCCGUCCAUGGGCUCAGCCUCUUGGCUAGCAGGCUAGGAAACACAGUGAACAUAAAUGUACUGUGAAUCGUUCCUGAUAAGUGAAUAAAACAUUGUGACCAAACAAUCAGCUUAUUCACUUAUCAGGAAUCGACUGUUCUGCUAAUUCACUGUUUUUGUUUUUCAUUUCUGUUGUAGUUCACUAUUUUUGCUGUGUUCUGUUUUCUCCUCUCAUGCUUGGGCAAAAUCACUGGGAAUAUUAUCUUCAUGUGACCAUGAAACGUUUAUAUGGAGUGGAAAUGAUAUCUUAACAAAAUCUAUGCACUUGCUAUCAGGAACACAAUACUGGAUGUGUCUUAUAUAUAUUGAACUAUAUAGUACUCGAUUUCUUAAAUAAAGCUUAAGAAAGGA